AUGCCGCCAGCAGCAGCAGCAGCAGCACCAGCGCACCUCAUCUCCCGCGUCGGCGACCCCCUCUUCGCGCUGUUCAUCGGCCUCGGCGCCGCCGCCACGCGCGUCAAUAGGGAGGAGAAGGAGGCCGGGAGGAGUACGCGGGAGACGCUCGAUGCGGGGCUUCGGAGAAUGGGAUUUCUGCGUCGAGAGGAGGGGGUUUUUGAGGGCCAGGGGAAGGGGAAGGAGAAGGGAAGUGGAAAUGGGGAGAGAUGA